UCAUCCCUUCUUCAUAAUCAAGACUUGGGUAUAAAGAGAAAACAGAGACCAAGAAUUUGGAACAACAACCAUACCCAUCAUGGCUACAAAUUACCACCAAUUAGACAUGGCCGAGGUCCAGAUUGAACCGGAAUAUCGGAUCUUCAAGUGCAAGACCUGCAACCGUCAGUUCUCAUCUUUUCAAGCUCUGGGUGGCCACAGAAGUGCCAGCCACAAGAACAAGUUGAGGCUCUCGGUUCAUGACUACUCAACCGGGCAGCAGUUAAGUACCAAGCAGAAGACACAUGACUGCUAUCUGUGCGGGCUGAAGUUCUCUUUAGGGCAGGCCCUUGGCGGCCACAUGAGACGCCACAGGGCCUUCACCCUGCCCGAAAACGAACCAACUUUGUCCCUCUCUAUAUCUCCUUUGAUCGGGCCUGUGCUCAACAGGAAAUCAAACGGCUGCAGUAGAAUAUGCAUGCUGGAUCUGAACUUGACCUUAUAGAAGAUUAUUGUUCCCUGCAUAUUUCAUUAUUAUUUAAGAAAUAACUAGUUCUAUACAUACAUCUAUACAUAAUACUUUUAUUUCUAUCUUUAUAUUUUAUGAUCACUGUAUUUAUUGUACCCAUCAACUUCAUAU